UCUGGCAACACUAUGGUUGCUUUGCAUCCCUGGACCGGCGGAGAAAAACAAGUUUAUUUUAACCAUCUCUCGUGUUAAACAAAUGUGCCGACUGUCGAAUUGUUCAAAAUGACGUCUAUAAUAAAGCUACACACUAUAUCCGGGGCGAUGGACGAGUCCCCGCCGUGCUACAUCCUUCAAAUCGACGAUGUGCGAAUUUUACUCGACUGCGGUUGGGACGAGAAGUUCGAUGCCAACUUUAUCAAGGAACUAAAGAGGCAGGUGCACACCUUAGAUGCUGUUCUACUAUCCCACCCGGAUGCAUAUCACCUUGGUGCCCUGCCUUAUUUGGUGGGCAAGCUGGGUCUUAAUUGCCCGAUUUACGCCACCAUUCCGGUGUUCAAAAUGGGUCAGAUGUUUAUGUACGACCUGUACAUGUCGCACUUCAAUAUGGGCGACUUCGAUCUUUUCUCGCUGGACGACGUGGACACAGCCUUCGAAAAGAUCACCCAGCUGAAGUACAACCAAACCGUUUCGCUCAAAGGCAAAGGCUACGGCAUAUCUAUAACGCCAUUGAAUGCAGGACACAUGAUUGGCGGAACCAUUUGGAAGAUCGUCAAGGUGGGCGAGGAGGAUAUUGUCUAUGCCACAGACUUCAACCACAAAAAGGAGCGCCACUUAAGCGGCUGUGAGCUAGACAGAUUGCAAAGACCUUCGCUGCUCAUCACAGAUGCCUAUAAUGCGCAGUACCAGCAAGCCAGAAGGCGAGCACGGGACGAAAAGCUGAUGACUAACAUUCUGCAAACGGUGCGCAACAAUGGCAAUGUCCUUAUAGCCGUUGAUACGGCAGGAAGGGUUUUAGAGCUGGCUCACAUGUUGGAUCAGUUGUGGAAGAACAAGGAGUCGGGGCUCAUGGCCUACUCCCUAGCUCUGCUCAACAACGUGAGCUACAACGUGAUUGAGUUUGCGAAAUCGCAGAUCGAGUGGAUGAGCGACAAGCUUACGAAAGCCUUCGAAGGAGCCCGCAAUAAUCCCUUUCAGUUCAAGCAUAUCCAACUAUGCCAUUCGCUGGCGGACGUCUACAAGUUGCCAGCCGGUCCAAAAGUCGUUCUGGCCAGCACUCCUGACUUGGAGAGCGGAUUUACGAGGGACCUUUUUGUCCAAUGGGCCAGCAAUGCCAACAAUAGCAUUAUUUUAACUACGCGCACCUCUCCAGGUACUUUGGCCAUGGAACUAGUGGAAAACUGCACGCCGGGCAAGCAAUUCGAGUUGGACGUCCGGCGAAGAGUUGAGUUGGAAGGCGCCGAGCUGGAUGAGUACAUACGCACACAAGGAGAGAAGCUUAACCCCCUUAUCGUGAAGCCCGAUGUAGAGGAAGAAAGCAGCUCCGAGUCCGAGGACGACAUAGAGAUGAGCGUCAUUACGGGCAAGCACGACAUUGUAGUUCGGCCGGAGGGUCGCCACCAUUCCGGCUUCUUUAAGUCCAACAAGCGGCACCACGUGAUGUUCCCCUACCACGAGGAGAAGAUCAAGUACGAUGAGUACGGCGAAAUCAUCAAUCUGGACGACUACCGCAUCGCAGACACGGGAGGCUAUGACUUUGUGCCAAUGGAAGAGCAGAACAAGGAGAACGUAAAGAAGGAAGAACCGGGCGUGGGAGCAGAUCAUCAGGCUAACGGCGGCAUCGGCGACAACGACGUUCAGCUUCUAGAGAAGCCCACUAAACUAAUAAACCAGCGAAAAACCAUCGAAGUCAAUGCCCAGAUCCAGCGAAUCGACUUCGAAGGCCGAUCCGAUGGCGAGUCGAUGCUGAAGAUUCUCUCGCAACUGCGACCGCGACGGGUCAUCGUAGUCCACGGCACUGCAGAGGGCACCCAGGUGGUGGCCAAACACUGCGAGCAGAAUGUUGGUGCACGCGUUUUCACGCCCCAAAAAGGCGAGAUUAUUGACGUAACCACUGAGAUCCACAUCUACCAGGUGCGCUUGACCGAAGGCCUUGUCUCCCAACUCCAGUUUCAAAAAGGCAAGGACGCCGAGGUGGCGUGGGUUGAUGGUCGCUUGGGAAUGCGCGUCAAGGCCAUCGAUGCACCCAUGGACGUCACCGUGGAGCAGGAUGCGGCCGUGCAGGAGGGCAAGACAUUGACCCUGGAAACGCUAGCUGAAGACGAGAUCCCCGUACACAACUCUGUGCUCAUUAACGAGCUUAAGCUCUCCGAUUUUAAGCAGAUUCUCAUGCGAAACAACAUAAACUCCGAAUUUUCGGGCGGCGUGCUAUGGUGUAGCAAUGGAACCCUGGCACUGAGGCGCGUGGAUGCCGGCAAAGUGGCCAUGGAGGGCUGUUUGUCCGAAGAAUACUACAGAAUCAGGGAGCUUCUCUACGAGCAGUAUGCUAUCGUUUAACAUUAAAGAUGACUUUUCUCGACAUCCUCGUUUUUAGAUAAGAUGAAAAAUGAAUUGUUUAGUAAGCUUUA